AUGUUGGCUCUAAAAAAGCAGUUUGGGAUAAGAGUAAAAAGGUCAUGUAAAGCUCUUUAUGAGGUUGGCUACAAAUACAAGGCAUGCAAGUUUAGUGUGCGUGCAAUGAAGUUACUUGAAGGAGAAGAAUAUUGGCAAGUUCGGACGUUUCACAAAGUACACAUGUUUACUGUCGAUGGUUUGCAAGGGCGAUUUGCAACUAAGAGUGAGAAGAUAAUUGGUGAACUUAUGUCACACAAGCUUCAGGCUAAUGGAGUAGCAUUGAGACCUAAAGACAUAAUUAGUGAGAUGAGGGUUCAAUGGGGAUUGGAAUGCUUGUAUGGUAAGGCCUGGGAAGCGAAAGAGUAUACGGAGAGGCUUGUUUUUGAUCCCCCCGAGGAGUCAUUUCAGCUACUACCCUCGUAUUUUUAUAUGUUGGAACAAGAAAAUCUCAGCAUAGUCACUGUAGUGGCUACUGAUGAGGCAGAAAGAUUCAAAUAUUGUUUCUGGGCAUACGGGCUUGUAUUUUGGAGUUUAUGGAUGUUCAAGGGUGUUCUGUUUUUCGCUGAAUGCAAAGAUGCGAAUGAGUGCAUAUAUCUAGUUGUGUUUGGCAUCGGCCAUAUUGAGGACGAAGACUCGUGGACGUGGUUUCUUAGCAAGCUGCGUGAUGCGACAUAUGAACUAGCUCAAGCAUAUUCACGCAGAAGCCCAUGCUGA